AGAGUUAGCACACCUCUCUGACUAAUAGUGCUCCUCACGAACAGGCUUAUCCAAUAGAACAUCUGUAGAAGAGUUUAAACUGCCACUGACAGUCACAAUUGCCCACUGGGAAUGAGGUUAUCGACUUGAUAAUCCAGAAGGAACAAAGACACCUGAAGGUUUUCCAAGUAGUCUUUUGUGAGUGCUUCAGAGAGAGCUGCACACAGUGGAUUAGCUGGGAGAAUGUUUCUGUGGGUUGGCAGCAAAGCUCAAGGAUCAGGAAGUGAGAGAAGGACCAUUUAUCAGAAGAUUCGUGAGUAUGAUAUUUUGGAGAAGAGGAGGACAGUGACUGCUCUGAAGGCUGGAGAGGACAGAGCUAUUCUCUUAGGCCUUAGUAUGAUCCUUUUCUCAGCCAUGAUGUACUUUGUGUUGGGAAUCACAAUGGUGCGCUCUUACUCAGACAGUGUUUGGACAGAGGAGUCGAACUGCACAGUGCUAAACUCUAGUAUAAUUGCUGAUAUUAAUUGUAGCUAUAACUGUGGGUCAGAGUGCAGGAAGAGCUCCAGGUAUCCCUGUCUUCAAGUAUAUGUCAGCCUGAACUCCUCCGGUAGAGUUCUGCGGCUCUCCCACAAUGAGGAGGCCCACGAGGCCAACCCUGAGUGUUUUUACAUCCCAAAAUGCCACAAAGACUCUACACUGAUGCACACCAUUGUGAUGAACAUCUCAGAGAGACUGAAGACACAUCAGCAAGUUUCAUGUUACUACGAUCCCUCAGAUCAGCAAGACAGUGUUCUCCUGACACGUCUCUAUGGCCGUGGGGCCAUCAUUAGCUCCCUCCUCUGGCCCACAUGCAUGCUAGUGGGGGGAACGCUCAUCAUCGCUAUGGUGAAACUCACUCAAUACCUUUCCUUCCUGUGCGAGCGGAUCAGCCGCAUCAAAAGGAUGGAGCUGUACCCCCAAACUGGAGACUCACAUGCCAGGGUCUGCACUCAGAAGUAUAAUGGUGGAAUCCAGGAUGGGGUUUGAAUGUGAUAGCCACAUGCAGAUUCAUCGACAGACUACAUUCUACCCCUUCAUAUACAGCAUUAACACAUGAGACUCAAAGUGUGUUCGCUCUCAUGUGGUCUUCUUCGGAGCCCCCAUCAGCCCUGUUAACCUGUCAAGGUUGUGUUGACAAGGCUGAAGUAAUGUCGUAAAUGAGAACUUCCUGUAAUACACCCCCACAGAAGUCAGGCUCAACAGAGUCCCUAGUGGUCACAGUUGGAAUUCCGUAACAUGAGAAUGGCUUUAGUCCAAUCCCCUGAAACUCAAGGGUCAAAAUACAUGGUCAUGUUGUGGGGUGUUAAAAACGCUUGAUGACCUCUGGUUUGUGGUGACUCCAUUCCAAGAAGACACCACCGCUAUGUGAUAUGUCUUGACCAACUGAUACGAAUGUGGUCUAAUCACAGAACUAAAGUAGUUUGCACACACUACUUCCAUCAACUCAGUGAUUCAUGGCUUUUUGACAAACACCUGUAGAUCUCUUCAAUACCAAAGGUCAUUUGUUGAGUUACUAUACAGUGUCUCCUAACUGCUGAGUUUUAAAUGAAACUAGUAGAACACCAUUUUAGCAAACUCAGUUAAAAUUUGAAAGUGUGAAGGACAAUAUUGCUGUGUUCCAAAACCUAGUUAGCUGUCUAGCAUUUUAAGGCAGCACUGGCACACUCCAGAUAUCACAGCAGAGCUUUGCUGCCUUCUAAAAUACUUAAUUUUGGCCAUAAUCUAAGGCAGCAUUGCAUGUGUCCUCUGCAGAGAAGGCAAUUGUGCAAUGAGCUCAUAAAAAAAUAAUAAUAAUCCAAAAUGGCAGACAAGUUGAGAGAAAUGGAAGUUGUAAAUAUAUUACAUUCAUUACCGAAAAGUAUCAAUAAAAAUAGUUCAAUACCCAAUAUUUGUGUAUGAUAUGUACAUAUUGUCAGUAUCAUGUUGUUAGCUUAGCAACAUGCUAAUGUAACAGUAGCUAGCUGGUACAUGAUAGCUGUGCAGUGUGUAAACCUCACUCUCCUGGCCUUAAAAGAUGCACCAGCGACUGAGGCUAGAGGCCAUGGCUUUUAUAGCCUCCCUGCUAAGGCAUCCGACUCCCAUGCUGGGGACAGGUCGAGUAGGACCGGUAACACUAAUGUCAAACUCUGUUGCAAUCAAUUGUGAUUGUGACUAUUUGUGUGACACUUAAAGUUGCUACUUAUGUAGAGUGUUCCAAUUCAGUCACUCAUUCGGUUCCAGUUCAGUUAGGAUGCUAUCUUAGAAGACAGCAAGGCAGCUCACUAGGUUUUUGAACAGAGCUUAUAUGUUUAUCUGAAUUAGCGCUGAACAGAUCUAUGGGCAUUAUAUAUAUAUGGCAUUUUCACAUGUGAACGAUUGCUUUAGCUAAUCACAACUCUGAAUUCUGUAUUUGUGGUUACGUGGUUAUUUCCACUAGAGAGUGAAUUCAUCUUGUUUUGACCAAAAACAUUAUUCAUUGUCAGCUGUAUAGAUGUACAGAUGUUAUUUCUCAUUCCCAAAGCAAACACAGCGGGUGGAUGGAAUGAUUAUUAGAAUUUUGCACAGAAAGAUACAAUAGUGCCUAAUUUUUUACAUGUAAGAUAUAGUGGAUGGAUAAAGACAGCCCACCUACAUAAUUUAUCUUCUGACAUUAUUCUUUGAAUACAUUCAAAACACAAUAACAUUCAGGUGCACCUGUGUAUGUCAUAAACAUUUCUGAUUGUCCUGUUACAUCAAGAUUUUUCUAGAAAUAAAGCAUUUC